CGCGGGUUCGCCGCCGAGGCCACGUCCGCCGAGGACAAGACCGUCGAGAUGAAGGGCAUCGUCCUGAAGGGCCGCCCGCUCUACCUCGACAUGCAGGCCACCACCCCGAUAGAUCCCCGCGUUCUCGACGCGAUGUUGCCCCACUUCGUCGAGCAGUACGGAAACCCUCACAGCCGCACGCACAUGUACGGCUGGGAAGCCGAGGACGCCAUCGAGCAGGCACGCGCGGACGUCGCGUCCAUCAUCGGAGCCAACCCCAAGGAGAUCAUCUUCACCAGCGGCGCCACCGAGUCCAACAACAUGGCCAUCAAGGGCGUGUGCAACUUUUACAAGGGGCGCAAGUCCCACGUCAUCACGACGCAGACGGACCACAAGUGCGUGCUGGACUCGUGCCGCCACCUCGAGCAGCAGGGAUGGGACGUGACGUACCUCCCGGUCAAGUCCAACGGCCUCAUCGAUCUCGACGAGCUGCGCGCCUCGAUCCGUCCGGAGACGGCGGUGGUGUCGGUCAUGGCGGUGAACAACGAGAUCGGCGUCAUCCAACCGCUGAAGGAGAUUGGCGAGAUCUGCCGCGCGAACAAGGUGUUCUUCCACACCGACGCCGCGCAGGCCGUGGGUAAGAUCCCGAUCGACGUCGAGGACAUGAAGAUCGACCUGCUCUCCAUCUCCGGGCACAAGAUUUACGGCCCCAAGGGUGUCGGCGCCAUCUACAUCAGGCGCCGCCCGCGCGUCCGCAUGGAGGCGCUCAUCAGCGGCGGCGGUCAGGAACGCGGUCUGCGUUCGGGCACGCUCGCCCCCGCGCUCGUGGUCGGCUUGGGGAAGGCGUGCGCGGUCGCCGGCGAGGAGAUGGAGAACGACCUCGCGCACGUCGAGCGCUUAUCGAAGCGCUUAAUCGACGGCAUCGCCGCCAAGUGCGAGCACAUCCAGCUCAACGGCGACGCGACGGCUCGAUAUCCCGGCAACGUCAACAUGUCCUUUGCCUACGUCGAGGGCGAGUCCCUCCUCAUGGGCCUCAAAGAGAUCGCGGUGAGCAGCGGCAGCGCGUGCACGAGCGCGAGUUUAGAGCCGAGUUACGUGCUGAGGGCGUUGGGCGUGGACGAGGAGAUGGCGCACACGAGCAUUCGGUACGGGCUCGGGAGGUUCACGACGGAGGAGGAGGUGGACAGGGCCAUCGAGCUCACCGCGGAGCACGUGGCGAAGCUGCGGGAGAUGUCGCCGCUGUGGGAGAUGGUCCAAGAGGGGAUCGACCUCAAGUCCAUCCAGUGGAGCCAGCACUGAUUCCGUCGGUAUGUAGUCGCCACUUGCCGUUUGCUAAAAAAUACGCGAGAGAUUGCCG